AUGACUGACUUCGGUUCUAACAAUUACUCUAGCUGCUAUGUGAAGAAUAAAAUGACUGUAGGGAGAAUUCAGCUCCCCGGCCUCAGCUGUACAACCCUCAGCUGUCGACCCAGGCCAGGCCUGGUCGCAGGCCUAGGAUCCUGCUGCUCCAGACUCACCGGCCCCUGCCAGACAGGCUGGAUCCCACCGGGCCGGGAGGCUUCUCAGACCCUGCCCACUGCGGGAGGGGCUGACGGUAGAAAGGUCCGCACACUGACCACCAGGGAGACGCGCGGACCACGCACACGGACACACAUUCCUCGUCCGCGGAAGGGGCGACCGUCCCGGGUUUGUAGCGCUGCUUCUCGGGCCACCUAUUCGGACGUGGCGCCCAGCGGCCAAAGGCCCUGCCUGGGCGCUGCCAUCCACCCGGACCUUACCUGGAGCGGCUCUGCAGCGGCCCAGCUACAGGGGGCUUCUUCCCUCCAGGCCACCGAGCUGGCGGCCCAGGGAGAAUCACAGAGUCCAGAAAAUCUCUCCCGCAGCCCUGUGUCAACUCCAGAAGUAUUUAAGAUAAACUUUGUAUUUCCAAAUGGAGACACGUAUGAUGGGGACUGUACAAGAACAUCUUCUGGAGUCAUUGAGAGAAAUGGAAUAGGUAUUCAUACCACUCCUAAUGGGAUUGUCUACACAGGAAGCUGGAAAGAUGACAAGAUGAAUGGUUUCGGAAGACUUGAGCAUUUUUCAGGAGCAAUAUAUGAAGGACACUUUAAGGACAAUAUGUUUCAUGGACUGGGAACUUACACAUUCCCAACUGGGGCAAAGUACACUGGAAAUUUCAAUGAAAACAGGGUGGAAGGUGAAGGACAAUAUACUGAUAUCCAAGGACUAGAAUGGUGUGGUAACUUUCAUUUCACAGCUGCUCCAGGCCUGAGGCUAAAGCUCCAUAUGUAGAUAGCCUGCAUUAAAGUUUUAAUGUGGUAAUUGCAGCUUUUACUUGUAAGGAAAACAACUAAAUCUGUCAUCUGAAAUAACUUCAUACACUAUCUGUUUACUGUUGCCAA